AUGCCGGGGUCGAAGGACACUGAGGAGGAGGACACCCUGCUGCGGAUCCGCACGGCCAAUGGCCCCGUGGGGCUCCGCCAGAAGCGGGAACCCGUCGUGCUCCGGGUCGAGAGGCGCGAGGAGACGAUCAAGAGGGAUUGGAUGCGCGGCCGAACGUCGGACGAGUACCUCGCCGCGGUGAAGCAGGCGAUGCUCGUCGCCGCCGAGCAGAUCAAAUCCGGGCUCGGUGGAUUGGCCGAUGCUCGGGAUCCGGUGUUUUCGGCUGGUGCUGCAGAUCCACGGACCCACCAGGCAACCAUCGAGAACCUUCUCAAUUGGAAGCCGCCGCCCCAAGUGGUCGAGGGAGGCAAGCACACUCUGCAGAAUGUCGACAAGUAUGACCGCAAGAGGGAGAUGCUUGUCAAAUUCUCCAAGAAGUUCUGCGUUGCUGCAGCGCAGAGGCGGGUGCGUAGCUUCAUCAUUGAAGGUGAGAGUGGGGAGCUCCUGUAUUAUAGAAGUACAGAUCCGAACGCCAAGCUGAAGGAUGCCUACAAGCUGAAGGACGCAGAGUGCGAGAUCGAGACCAAGGAGUCCAGCCAGAUUCCGAAGUGGGAGCCUGGCUAUGAGCAGAGGCUAAGGGUCGAUUGCAAGGAGCGGAGAGACCAGAGCAAAAACCCGUUGUACCUCUACACCAAGCGGGUCGAGAAGAUCCAGCAUUGGAAGCGGGCCUUCCGGCUGUCGAAGAUCCUCGUCAACGACCACGACAGGCGUGCGCUCAAAGCGGCGAUCGCCCGUGCAUCGUCGGGGGCCCUGGUGAAGGCGUGGGCCUGCCUGUCCAGGUACUUCCAGGAGAUCAGGUCUACGAGGGGCCUCGUGAAGAAGCUGGCGUUUCGAAUGAUGAAGGUGGACUUGAGCCGUGGCUGGACGAAGCUCCAGCUGGUGCACAAGAAGAAAGCGGACGAGGAGAAGAAAAAGCAGGAGCAGCAGCACUGGGCUGCCCGCUUCGUGUCCCAGAAGCUCAACAAAAUCGGGGGCACCAAGGUGAAGGCCCCCGACCAGGUCCGAGAGCAGGUCAUCACCACCAUCCAGAGCAGAUUUCGUCGCUACCGUGAGGACAUGAUCUUUGAUCGCCGGUAUGUCCUGAACCAUUCGGCGCUGGCCCAGGUGCAGCAGGCCAAGGUCGGUAGAAGCAUCCACUUCGCACUCCAAGGGGCGACGUGUGAGGAUGCAGUCCGCCUCAGCAUGGCCCCAGAGUCGCGUGCAUGUAUAGAGUGGGAGAAGCACAGAGACCUGCUGGUGACAAAGAGGUUCACGUACUCGGAGACCAACCUGCCCCUCACUCCCGCCAACGCUUUCGUGUCCGACAACAUGACCAGCCUUGCUUUUUCCAUGGAGGUAGACAAUGCGGCCAGUGCCAACGAGGCGUACAGUGCCCUGAACAAGGCAGACUGGUCAAAGUUCGUCAACCUCGACAGGAUUUCGUCGAUGAUGCUCCACUCUGCGCCACUGAGGACAGCUUCGACACCAUUUUCAGCAGAGGACGCGGCUGUGUGGUGCACGAUCUGCGGGCCGCGCCUUGCUUGGGACAAGUGCCUCAAAGAGAAGCCUGGCCAAUCCAAACAUGCAGUCGGCGCACAGGAUAGUUUCGAGGUGCCACGUGCACUCACUCGCGGCGAUGCGCUCAACUGGGUGAACAUUGGCAUCACCCUGAAAAGCGUAAAUGCCCACUGGGAUGCAGCAGUACAGUGGGAUGGUGGCGAGAGUGAUGUGCCAGUGUCGGUUGUUGUGCAUGUCUUGGGGUUCGCAUUCAAGACGAAGGCUGCCUUCAGAAGAGUUAGCAAAACUGACCGAGAGAUCGUCUUCAACUUCUCGUGCAACGCAGCCGUGCCAGUCAGCUCACCCGAUAAAUUUGUCGCUCUGGACGGUGCUGAAUUCGGCCUGGAGGUUUUCGAGGACAGGGCUGAUACGAGAGGGCAGCACGCUCUCCUCUUCAUGGGCACCCAGCAGCUCUCAGCAGCCCUCAAGUGCGGCAGGGGCGACUUUGCACUUGCAAAGCACAUACAAGACGCCAAGGAAGCCAAGCACGAAGUCUCCCUGCCACUCUUCAGGUCCGACGGGAAGCACCAAGGCGGCCAUGCAGACUUCACGAUCGAGCCAAAAAUAAAGCAAGGCAAGGAUAGCAAGAACCCGUUUGGGACGCAGGAAGCGCAUGCUCGCCUUUCCCCAGAGUUUUUAGGCGGUGGUGUUCCAAUUUCACUGUAUACAUCGCACCGGAGUGCGUGGUACGACCCUGAACUUGGCCCAGGCAAGUUCCGUGCGGACCACGUGGCGAAUUUCGUUCAGCUCACCAUUGGAACGCUGCGCUUCGCAAGCUCUGACGAGGUGCAUCAUGAUGGCAUCGUGGACCGUCUGACCGGCCACCAUGAGGAGGAGCCAACCUACCAUAUCAGGGCCUCCACGAAUGGGACAAGCGCGACCACGCUGCCAUUACAUCGUCCAGGUGAGAAAUGGGCUUUGGUAUUGGGAAGCUCUGGUGGAGAUCCCUCGACUAUUAAGUUUCUCGGUUCAGAAAUAUUUUUGCCGCUGCCUCCGGGAUGUUGGGGAGACGAUGUUGCUGACCUUCGCCGCAUCACUCUUGAAGUCGUGAAACGAUCACAUCCCACUGUGGAGGCGGAGAACUUCACUAGCUUCAUGAAGAGGAGCGGCAAGGCAGCGACGCCCUCUCAGCAAGAGGUCGUUUACCGGGCCGUCCUCACCUUCGACCACAAUAUGAUAGUUGAUCGGGUAAAGCCAGUCAGCGUGCUGCUGGCGGACGCCAAAAAGGGAGCGCCAACAGACAUGAAUGUCUUUUCCACAACGUUCACCUCGAGCGGGGAGGAGGCCAUGUUGAGCCUUGACUUUGCUUUGAGAGACCGCGACUAUGUGAAAGCUGCCCUGGGGAAGGCCAAAAACAGGCGCGCCCUAUGUAUCGGUGACAAGGCGCUACUGGUCUGUGAAGAGCCGUUGCAAUACCCAAAGGACGCUCUGGAAUUCAGGAGGCGCUUCUGUUUGGGCCAGUUCGACCCAAAAGCUAAGCACUGGCCAGAUAAGAACCGUGGUGCCACGUUGCGAGCUCCGUGCUUAAGCAGUGAGUACGCAGAUAGCGGUCUCGGCGAGGUUACUCCGAAGCACCCUUUCAUGCAAGCUUUUAUCCCCAAGUCUUGUACCGAUAUGAUUCCACACAAGUUUGUCUUGCCUCUCACAGAGAAGGAAUUCGUCGACAAGAGCCUACCAGGGUGUUACACGCGCAUCCUGCAAGACCUGGUUACCCACUCGGGGCUCCAAAGCAAGAGUGGGCAUCGAUCCGGAUAUACGAAGCCUGUCGUCGAUCAUCUUUCUCACAUAUAUCGGCAGAUACCCGCCACGGUUUUGGCAAUGUAUGCUGAUGAUACUUGCGACCUGGAGAUUGCAGCCGAGUUCUUGGAGCUGUGGCAAAGACAGCCACACCGUAAGAUUUCAGUGCCAGGUACUCUCAAGACCUCGCCACUGGUCCCAGGGCAAACUCCACGAGCACUUCUCCUGCGCGUGCCACUUGCAAUGAUGCGAGCGACUAGCUACGCAGGCGUCAAUGUGUAUGACACAAGUCUGACUUCCACUGGUGAUGUGUUGGAGGGUCUGCGGCUGCUCCCCAGAACGACUUCAACUUCCAGUCGGCGCACGCCGACUCCCAGAAGGGGGGCCGCAGGUUCCGCGUGGCGGCCGGCCCGCUGCCGCCGGACGCGAGCCCCGCGGCCUGCCAGUACGAGUGGUCUUCGGGGGUGUGUCCGCCGCCGAGGAGAUGUUCAAGUUCGUGGCGAUGAUCCGCCGGUGCGUGCGCCUGGACCACUUCCAGCAGGCGAGCAAGAUGCUCGAGUACCAGAGCCUCGUGCAGGACAAGCAGGCGGUGGCUCCCGUGCGGCAGGGGCCGGCCAUUGGUGGGCAGCUCGACGUCGUCCUGCUUGA